UCUCUUCUCUCUCUCUCAGUUUAAUAAUUUUUCUCACGUCUUUGUCUUGUCUCUCGCCGUAUAUCUGACAUUUCCACCACACACAUGACCCAAUAAAGCAGAAACUUAAAAAUAAAAAUAAAAACCCCAAAAACUCAAACAAAACAAAGCGUAAAUCAAAAGUUCAAAACCCAAUUUUCCACUCUCUUUCUCUCUCUAACAAGAAUAAAAACCCUACAUUUCAUGCAUUUCUCCCUCAGAAAUCUCUCUCACAAGUUCUCAACUUUCCACCACAAAAACCAACCAUGAACUCGCCCACAUACGGGUCCGACCCGGUUUCUCCCAAUACCACUUACGUCCAGGCCGACCCAUCAACUUUCCGGGCCGUGGUCCAAAAGCUAACCGGAGCCCCGGACGACCCGUCGGCCCAAAAGCUCCCUCUCAGCGGCCUCCCUUCCCGGCUCGCCAACCCGAAGCCCGACAUCGGGCCCAGAAGACCCACCUUCAAGCUCCACGAGCGCAGGCAGGCGGCGAAGAAGCUGGAGCUCAACCUCACCAGCACCAGCACCAGCACCACCUUCGGCGGCGGCGCGUCGUUCUCACCACACUUCGUCAUGCCUAGAAGCGGCGGCGGAGGAGGAGGGUUCGUCGUAUCGCCGGUGUCGACGCUGGAGUUCUGGGCGCGUGGGAGCCCGAGAACGCCGGCGACGCCGUGCACGGAGGAGGAGGAGGAGGAGGAGAAGAGAGCGAUUGCCGAGAAGGGGUUUUAUUUGCACCGAAGCCCGUUAAGCACGCCCAGAGGGUCUGAUCCGCCGGAGCUUUUGCCUCUCUUUCCUCUUUGCUCUCCUAGAGAUCAUACUACUGAUCAUAUUAACUCUUCUGCCACUACUUCUUAGCUUCCUUAGCCUAGUCUUCUUUCCCACAAUUGUUAAUUUUUUUUUUUUGAAAUUCAUUUAUUUUUCUCAUCUUUGUUAAUUGGAUUUUGUAAUGAGAAGGCGUAUGCCGUAUGGGGUUCAGAGAUGUA